AUGACGCACUUAGUGAGUGAGUGGUGCGUCGACAAGCAGGAACGAUCAUUGCGGGACCCAGAGCCGGGCCCGGAGAGGCCCCUGAGAAUCAGCAGCGACCCUGAGGUGCUGGCCACCCAGCUCAAUGCCCUGCCGGCAUGGGCCCCAGCCCCGCACGUCUACACCCCAACCACCCCUGGGGUGCCCACCGGACGUCCGCGUUCCCGCGAGCUGCCCGACACGCCGCCCACCUCAGGCUCCUGCAAGAAGCGCUGGCUGAAGCAGGCUCUAGAGGAGGAGACCACCACCCCUCCACCCAGCAGCGGCCGGCCCACCCUGGUCAUGCCUAGUGAGGGCCCUCUCAGCCCCCCUAUCAACGGGGACUCUGACAGCCCCCUCCCCUACAACGGAAGCUGCACCUUACCAGGUGAGGACUCUGAGUUGCCCACUCCUCUGAAGAAGCGGCGCCUGGGUCUGUGUCCGCUGGACGCCUGCAUGUCAGAGAGCUCCACCCCCUACGYCUCUCCCUGCGCCACGCCAACCCGGGCCGACCUAUCAGAGACGCCGGGUACACCCCUGCUGCUGGCCACGCCACCCCGCAUCACCCGUACGGAGGAGCCGAGCCCCGAGCCUCUACCUAGCACCCCCACACACACACUUAGUGCCCCGCAGGAAAGCGAGUCUUCCCUGGACAGCUCACCAGAGGGCAGUCGCAGACCCAGCCCCCAAGAGGCUGAGCGACCACCUUCGCUGCUCUCCUCCCCCUGUGUAGRGGUCAGGGCUCCCAGUCUGGAUGUGUUGCCCCCCCACGAGGCCAAGACCAGCGCCCCCCAGAGCCCCCAGCCCCCCACCGCCGAGUCCCAGGACUGUGUGGGAGAGGAGGGGCCAGAGACAGGGGCCGAGGGCAAAGGCGAGGCCCCCUCCUCCUCCACAGAUCCAGCCUCUUCCUCCCUCCUCCCCCCCUGGAUGAAGAGUCCAGAGAGAGUGGGUCUGUCAGGGCCAGGGGGUCUGUCCUUCUCCCCCAUCAACUCUAACCUGAGGGACCUUACCCCCUCACACACCCUGGAGCCCAUCUUGGCCUUCAGGCCUGAGGCGGUGGCUGUGGCUGGGGCUGGUGUUGUGGCAGUGACAGUGACAGUACCAGUACCCUUGGCAGCAGGACCCUUCACAGAGGCUGCAGGGUCUCUCUUCUACCCCUGCCCUGAGGAGGGGGGAACCCUGGCCUUCUCUCGUUCACUAAGUGGAGACAGCACCGGAGAGGGAGGGUCAGGACAGAAUCCCCCACAGAAGAAGAAGGUGUCUUUGCUGGAGUACAGGAAACGUCAGCGUGAGGCGCGGCGCAGCGGCUCCAAAAUGGAAUGCGGCUCGCCUGUCUCUACAACACCUACCCUGGUGGAGAUGUUCCCUCUGCCCAUGGAGACCACCCAAGAGCCUCCACCCCUGGCUCCAGCCCUGGCUCCAGCCCAAGCUCCAGUGGCCCCUGCUGCAGUGGCCCCCACCCCGCCCGAGCCAAAUACCCCCCAGCCCAGUGAGGACACAGAGCCCCCUGUCGAGGGGGAGAGAGAGGGGGGAGAGGGACAGUGGACCUCGUCCACCUCGGUGGAGCAGGCAAGAGAGCGUGGCUACCACAGAGCCCUGUCGCUUAGUGACCACAGCAAAGACAAAGAUGGAGAGACCGAGGGCAGUGAGGCCCCAGUCAGAGAUUGUUCAUCUCCUAGCCUGCAGAGGACCCCAACCCACACGCCGUGUUCUCCUGGCCCCAGCAGCCCGUCCCAGCCUGGCAGUCGCCCAGUGAAGGAGGAGGAGAAUGACAGCCGGCCUCGGACCCCCUCCCAGGCCACCCCACAGCAGCCCAGCAAGCCUGCCGUACCCAAGACAGCCCCCCUGACCCCCACCAAGCUUUGCACCCUGCUGCCCCCUACCCUGCCCCCUCACUCCUCCACUCCCCCAACCCCAGGCCCAGGCUCCCCUACCGCAGCCAGAGGGCCUUCCUCUUUUUGCUCUCCUCAGUCCCAGCCACAGGCUCAACCAGGCUGCCCCCCUUCUCCCAGUACAGCCCACAGUCCGCUCCGCCUCCCCCUCCUCCACCAGCACCUCCAGCCUCAGGGCCUACUUCCCCAGCCAGUCAGCCCCCGCCGUGGGAUCCUUCCCUGGGUUCAAGCCUGCCGUGACGUCCCCAUUCCCCCUGGAGGCCAGCCCCUCCUGCAGACUCUUCCUCACCACGCCCUGCACUACCAGAGCUCUACCACUCCCCCUCCUCCCCCUCCCCCACCACAACACCCUGGGCCCGCCGGCCCUGCUGCACGUUAACCUGCAGCCUCCUCCUGUCCAGCAGCACCAGCUCCUCCUGACCACAGCCCCCCAGUCCUCCCUCCCUCCCCCUCCGCCCCCUCCCCCACAGGGCCAGACCCACCAGCUGCAGCAGCCCAGUGCCAGCACCCUCCUGUCACUCCACCAGGGCUGCCUCUUCCUCCACCCCCCCCUUCUGCCUCCUCCACCAGUGUUCCCCAUGCAAGUGCAGCCCCUCACCACUUUCAGAACUUGGGGGGCUUUCCAACCCCGCUGAUGCACACAGCUAACCCCUCUGUGCCCUCUCCACCUACCCCCGCCCCACCAGCAGACUGGACUGCCCCCCCCUCCUCCCCCUCCCCAGCAGCAGACUCAGCCGGCCCAGGCCGUUGCCCACCGCCACUCAGAUGCCCAGCGGAACACGUUGGCACUGACCGCCUCCAUGCAGGCCCCCCCUUGGCCCGCCAGUCCCUGUGAACUCACUCUGAGAGAGCUUGACGACAGCGGAAACACAACAAGCACAAAAAAGCUGUAAAUAUUUUCUAUGUACCUGAACACAUGGC